AUGACCAGCCAAAAAGUAUAUCGAAUUCUUGCCUUUGGUGAUAGUUUGACAGAAGGAUUUCAUUUUGCUGGUUUUCGUUUUCAUCCAUAUACACUUAAACUAGCUGAAUUAAUUAGAAAUCAUUGUGAAUGGACUUAUGAUGGAUCUCCAGAUCGACCAGAAAUUGAAGUAAAAGCAUGUGGUCGAAGUCAUGAAUGUGUUCUUACUGGAAUGAUUGAUCGAUUCCGUAAAACAUUAUCCAGUGCUGCUGAAGAAGGUCAUUAUUAUCGUUGGAUUAUUAUCUUAGGUGGUAUACAAGAUUUAGCUUUUGGUGCUAAUCCUGAAACUAUUUUUAAUGGUUUAAAACAAAUGUAUCAAAUGGCAUAUGAACAUGGUGCAAAUUUAGUUAUUAUGACUAUUAAUGAAACUGGUCGUUUAAAAACAAAUGAUCCGCGUGAUGUUGAUCGUCAUGCAUUAAAUACACUGAUUAAAAAAUAUGCAUGGGAAAAUCAUUAUGCUGGUGGUCGACGAACAUUCUGUGUAGAUAUAAAUGAAGCUAUACCAUGGCAUAGAGGAGAUUUAGAUGAAAAGAAAAAAUUAUGGGAUGAUCAUAUGCAUCUAACACCCAAAGGUUAUGAUCUUAUUGGUACAUGCAUAUUUCAAGCUAUUGUGGAACAUUUGAAUUUAAAAGAUAUUUAA